UCACUGGCCGGGCUGGGACUAGGCUGCAUCUGGAGGUCGGAGCAGUGGAAAAGUGAAGCCAACGGGUGCAGCAGAGCGAGAAGAGCUGCCCAGAAGACUCUGUGCUGAGUGCUCCACUGGGCAAACACAAAUAUGGCUGCUAGAUCUCUGUUCUACCUUCUCUGCAUCCUAUCAGGGAUUGCCUAUCCAGCGUCUGCCGCCAGGCUUGGGGAACAGCAGCAAACAUUCCCGAAUUGCAAAAAGGGAUUUUUCCUGAGCGAGCGUAACAAGUGCUUCCCAUGUAACUGCAAAGGCCACGCAGACUCCUGUGAAGACAUCACCGGUGUUUGCAGAAAAUGCAAGGAUCACACUACAGGAGAUUUCUGUGAGAUGUGUGAGGAUGGUUACAUGCUGGCCCCCAGCCUGGAUGGAAGACACACCUGCCGCCCCUGCGCCUGCCCCCUCUCCAUUCCCUCCAAUAACUUCGCAGUGCACUGUGACGGAGGAGCUGCCAUUCUGCGCUGCAAGUGCAAAGAGGGCUACGCUGGACAUCUGUGUGAGAGGUGUACUCCAGGUUACUACGGCAAGCCCAUGGAGAUCGGUAAUUCCUGUAAGAGGUGCGACUGCAACGGCAACUCCGACCCUAAUCUGAUCUUCAGCGAGUGCCACAACGUGACGGGCAACUGCCAGCACUGCUGGGGGAAUACAGCCGGGGCCAAGUGUGAAAGGUGUGCCCCCGGUUUCUACGGAGACGCCAUCAGUGCCAAGAAUUGCAUAGAGUGCCAGUGCAAUGAAUGUGGCACCUCUUCAUGCGACGACAGGACAGGUGUGUGUCACUGUAAGCCGGGAGUCACGGGACGCCUCUGCGACCAGUGUGAGGAGGGCUACUCAGGUUUCUCCAGCUGUCAGGGCUGUCGGAGGUGUGAAUGCGGGCAGGCUUCCCUCCGCUCCACCUGCCACCCCCUCACCCACAGCUGUCCAUGCCGCCCGGGGGCCGGAGGGCGUUACUGUGAGCGCUGCCUCCCUGGCUACUGGGACUACAGCCCCUCUGGCUGCCAGAAGUGCGACUGUGAGAGUGGACACUGUGAUAUGCACACAGGAGAUUGCCUGUCUGAGGCUGCUGUCAACCUGUGCAACAUCAGUUGUGAUGAGUGCAUUUGGCAUCUGAUUGGAGACCUGCGGCAGUCCAAUAAGACGCUGGACCAGCUGAAAGUCGCAGUGCUGAACAUCUCCAGCGGUGCUGCUGCCAAUGACAGGCUCAAAUACUACAACUACACUGCUCAACGACUACAGACUCAGUUUCAAGGCUGGAGAAACAAGUCAGCUGUGAUGAAGGCCCAGGCGGGGGAUCUGGAGAAGAACACAGACGCUGUGGUGUUUGAGAUCAAACAGCUGGGAGACUCGGAGAGUGUAGUGCAGGCUCUAGGGGAGCAGCUGGACAACGACACGCUGCAGACUUUCACCCUGGCUGAGCAGCUCAGCACAAACCUCACUGACCUCAAUAUACGCAUCGAAGAGAUGAUCCAUGACUGGGAGCUGUACAGUGUGCAGCAGGAAGUGGAUCCAGAGGUGGCCAGGCAGAGCAUAGAGCGGGCCCAUAGGAUGGUGAUGUGGAUGAGGACCCUGGACCUGUCCCCGCGAGAGCCCACCGCCACUGAUGAGUCCACUGAAGCCCACGACCUGUUGAGGCGAAUCCGCCAGUUGGAGAAGAAGUUGAUCACCACAGACGGCAGACUCCCUCCCAUUAAGGAGAUAUUGUCCCGCUUUUCCAGCAAGCUGUCAGAUGCUGAGGGCUUCCUGCACAAAGCAACCAGCACCCUCCAGGAGACGGAGGACAGGAACAGAGCCAGCAUCCUCAAAUUCCAGAGGAAUGAGGCCAGGGGGCAGAGGCUGGCAGAGGAACACGCUGCUGUCAAUGAUACACUGGAAACAUCCAGAGGCUCCAUUUCUGACACUGAGAGGACUGCGGCUGAGGUGGAGGCUAUGGUGCAGAACGUGAGUCAGUACCAUGCAGCGAUUGAUGGUGCCGGCGAAAAGCUGACGGAGAAGACUGAGCGCCUGGCGCUGGCUGACAGAGAUCUGGUGCAGAGGGCUGAUGACCACGCUGAAGAGCUGGACCGACAGGCCAACGAGCUGGAGGAGGACCUGAGAGAGAGUGACGCCAACGGCUUCGUGCAGAAAGCCAUCAGCGCCGCCAACGUCUACAACAACAUUGUGAAAUAUAUCGAUGAUGCCAACAUCACCUCGCUCACCACACACAACUUAUCCCAAAGAGCUGAAGAUGCCAUCAAUGGAAUCAACAUGCAGCUCGGGAGCCUGGUGACACAGAGCGGCAACGUCUUCAAGGAGUCCGUUUCUUUACAUUCAGAACAGAAUGAGGUAGAAGCAGAGGUGACAGACAAGCUGAAAUACAUUGAGGAGACCAAAGAAACCAUGGAGAAAAACAGCAAAAAACUGGCAGAUAUAGUGGAUGAUAUCAGUGGGAUUCAUACAGACAGAACACCACAACGACUGGAGUUCACCCAGAAUGUGGCUGAGGCGACUCUCAACCGCUCAGCAGAAGUCCUUCAAACCAUAACCCCCAUCGGUAGCAAGGUGGAGGAGUGGGCCAACAACAUGCGGAACAAUGAAUACUCUACAACUGCUUACGAAGAGGCCGUCCUAUCUGCCGGGGAAGCAGUGGAGAACCUGAAUGUGCUGGUUCCUGCGCUGCUGGACAAGCUGAAGGUGGUGGAGCAGAAGAAGCCUGUUAACAACGUGACCACCAACAUCCUGAGGAUUAGAGAUCUGAUAGCCCAAGCCCGGAGUGUGGCCAAGAAGGUGCAAGUGUCCAUGAAGUUUAACGGUCAGUCUUCAGUGGAGGUCCAUCCUCACAGCAACCUGGAAGACCUGAAGACAGUGACGUCCAUCAGUUUGUUCAUGAGAGUGGACCCUGACAAGGAUCCCAUUGAGGACCGCUUCAUCUUAUACCUGGGAGACAGAAAUGGUAGGAAAGACUACAUGGGACUGGCUAUCAAGAAUGACAACCUGGUGUUUGUGUACAAGCUGGGGGGAGAAGAUGUUGAGAUUCCACUUAGUUCAAAGCCUGUGAGCCAAUGGCCCGCAGUCUUCAACUACAUCAAAGUAGAGAGGCUGGGCAGACAUGGAAAAGUCUUCCUGACCAUCCCCAGCCAGAGCUCCACAGAUGAGCAGAAGUUCAUCCAGAAAGGAGAAGCUCCAGGCACUGACUCACUUUUCGACAUCGACCCCAAGGAUAUCGUGUUCUUCGUUGGUGGUGUCCCAUCGGAUGUCAGGCUCCCCCCUCUUCUGAGUCUGGCUCCUUUUGUGGGCUGCAUCGAGUUGGGUUCGCUGAACAAUGACGUGAUCAGUCUUUACAAUUUCAAACACACUCACAAAAUGGAUGUUGUUGCAUCAACACCGUGCCCCAGGUACAAGUUGGCAUUUUCCCAGAGUCGCAUUGCCAGCUACCUGUUUGAUGGAACGGGCUACGCACUCAUCAAUAAUAUUGAGAGGAGGGGCCGAUUUGGUGUUGUCACCAGAUUUGAUAUAGCCGUGCGAACUGUUGCAAACAAUGGCAUCCUUCUACUUAUGGUCGAGGGGGAUAAUUUCUUCCUUUUAGAGUUGAAGAAUGGCUUCCUGCGCCUGAUGUACGACUUUGGCUUCAGCAAGGGUCCUCAAGUUUUAGAGGAUAAAAUACCAAAGCUGCAAAUAAAUGAUGCACGAUACCAUGAGGUGUCAGUGAUCUACCAUCAGUCAAAGAAGGUCAUCCUGCUGGUUGACAAGAGCCAUGUGAAAUCUUUGGAGAAUCCCAAAACCACGCUGCCUUUCUCCGAUAUCUACAUAGGAGGGGCUCCCUCAAGCAUUUUAAAAUCCAAGCCGGAGCUGUCUGCUGUCCUGGGUCUGAAAGGCUGUGUGAAAGGUUUCCAGUUCCAGAAGAAAGACUUCAAUCUGCUGGAGGAGCCUGGAACCAUCGGCAUCAGCAGCGGCUGCCCUGAGGAGUCCUUUAUGUCCCGUAAAGCCUAUUUCACCGGUGAGAGCUACCUGGGAUCAACAGCCAAGAUUUCACCCUUCGACAACUUUGAAGGAGGACUGAAUUUCAGAACGCUGCAGCCGGCCGGACUCCUCUUCUACACGAAUGAAGGGUCAGAAGAGUUCAGCAUAUCCUUGGAGAACGGAGCCGUGGUGCUGACCUGCAGAGGCACGCGGGUUAAAUCCCACAAGAAGCAAUACAACGAUGGAAGGGCACACUUCUUAGUGGCCUCAGUAAACGAUCAGAAGUAUUCACUGUUGGUGGACGACAAAGACAAGCAGGAGAAGAAGCGUCCAUCAUCUGCCCCGAAAGCCUCCUCAGGUUCUGCUGUGAAGACCUUCUACUACGGAGGCUCUCCCAGCAGCAGCUUCAGGAACUUCACAGGCUGCAUCAGCUACGCUUACAUCAACAGACAGGACCGGGACAUAGAGCCUGAGGACUUCCAGCGGUACACAGAGAAGGUCCAGAUGUCCCUGCAGGACUGCCCCGUCCAGCGGCCCCCUGCUGCUCUGCUAUCCAGGCACAGGGAACACAGCUCUAGAGCCAGACAGAGCCCAUCACGGAAGGUCAGCAGGGAGGAGUCCAGCCCCCCUCUGGGCCUGAUGGAGCUGAGGAAUGAUGAGCAGGACUCAUCUGAGCUCAGCAGCGAGCCCUGCUAUCUCUCCUCAAGUCCCAGGGCAACCCGCCAAGCCUUCCACUAUGGCGGCAUCGCCAACAGCAGGCAGCACCACACAGAUCUCGUGGAGUCCCUCUCUGAAAGGUCCCACUUCUCCUUGUCCCUGAAGACCAACUCAUCAUCUGGCCUUAUCUUUUAUGUAUCUAAUGUCCAAGAGGACAACUUCAUGGCCCUGUUCCUGGCCCACGGGAAGCUUGUAUACACUUUCAAUGUGGGAGAGCAAAGAGUCAAAAUCAGGAGCGAGGAGAAGUACAAUGACGGUGCCUGGCACAAUGUCCUUUUUAUCCGUGACGGGAGUAUGGGCCGGUUAAUUAUUGAUGGGCUCACAGUGCUGGAGGACAGAGCUCAGGGAAGCAACGUCUCCUGGCAUGUCAGCAGCCCCCUGUUCGUGGGAGGGGUUCCUCCUGGGAGAGCCCAAAAGAAUAUUCAGAGAAACUCUGCAUACAGCUUCACCGGCUGCUUGAAGAACCUUCAGCUCGAUGGCCAGCAGCUGUCCUCGGUGACAGAGACGUUUGGGGUCACUCCAUGCUUCGAGGGACUCUCCGAGGCAGGAACAUUCUUCUCAGAGGAAGGAGGAUAUGUCGUGCUUGAUGAGACAUUUGACCUUGGGUUAAAGUUUGAGCUGGUGAUGGAGGUGCGCCCCCGCGUGACAUCUGGGAUACUGCUGCAUGUGCGCACAGCAGAGGGCUAUUUCACCAUAUUCAUUCAUCAAGGCAUGGUGGUGGUUGUUGUGAACGAUGGUUCUCAUGAGUUCUUCACAAAGGUGACACCAAGGCAGAGUCUGUGUGCUGGCAACUGGCACAGGAUCACUGUGAUCCGUGAUGCCAACGUUGUCCAGCUGGACGUGGACUCUGAGGUCAACCAUGUGGUGGGACCUCUGAACCCCAGCUCCACAGAAGCCAACAAGCCGGUGUUUAUUGGAGGAGCCCCAGAUCCCUUCCUCCCAGAGAGCAUUGACACCAGGAAGCCCUACGUGGGCUGUAUGAGGAACCUGACCAUCAAUAACAGCCGAGUGAGCUUCAGCAAAGCGGUACUGGUCAGUGGAGCAGUCAGCGUUGGAACCUGUCCAGCAGCAUAAACCAUCACUGACCAAACACAUGAAAAACUAUCGUUGGUUAACAUUAAAUAAAAAAUGUGUCAGAUGUUU